AUGCCAACCGCCUUCAUCCCGCCUACCACAAGGUUCGACGAGCCACGCGCUCUACAGAUUUCCGCCACCACCGAGGCCAACCAGAAGAUGGACGGACAAGGCCAUCCGCCGACUCCCGCCCCGGCGCCACAGGACACCGCAUGGAUGUACUGUGCAGUUGACGAGCUCCUACAGGCGCUCCACGGCGCCGGGCCAAGCCAGCCGCGUCCCGGCGGCAGCCUCGCCGGCCCCUUCCGGCCACGGGCUCUACCCGUCGAGGUCAUCACCAUCGACGCCGACAACACGGAGGAGGCGAACACCGGCAACCACGCCGGGCCCCGUCGGCCCUCUACCGAGGGGAUGCCACCAUUAGCGUCCCAGCACACCAGCCCCAUCGGGCCAUCACUGCUCCCUCUGGAAGUCGCCCACCACCGUGGCGAUGAUGAGGAGGGAGUGAAUCCGGAUGACCACGCCGGACUACGGCCAUCAUCUGCGAGGGGAAUGCCACCCCUGGUACCCCUGCGCAUCGGCCUCAUUGGGCCUCAACGGGCCCCUCUGGAAGCACCCCUGCGCACCGGCCACAUAGGGCCGCAGGCACCCCCUCCGGAAGUUGCCCCUCCCAACGGCAAUGACGAGAAGGAGGUGCCACCUGACAACCGUUUCGGACCCCCUCGGGUCGAUCUGACACCGCCCCAACGACGCGAGGCUCCAUCCGGAGACCCCGCACCCGCCGCCGAGGCCGAAGACGCCUGGAACCAAGCCGUCUCCCUGUCAGACGACUGGGUCAACUUCGACCGCCUAGUAGAGGACACCCUGGGCGACCUCUUCGACACCAUCGAGGACACAGACGAGGCAGCCAUAGGCCUGUUCCAAAGGGGCCCACCGCACGCGAAGCCGCCGGCAACAGGCUCUCUCGGCCCUCUAGGCGCGAGGUACGACCUCGUCACCGAUGGCGAGGACAGCAGCGUUGGCACCCGUCGGAAUUACAAUCCGACCGGCGAGGACGAUGACGAUAGCGACGCGACCGUCAUAUACAACCCCACCGCGGAGGACAGUCGCGACAUCCGGAGGAGGCGCACCACACCGCCACACCCCAGCACCCGCCGGACUCCGCCAUAUAUGGGCGAAGUGGAAGCCGCCCUGAUCGACCGCGAUCCUCGACCACGCCUGCCCACCAUUGCGGAGCUGGCCGCAGAGGAGGCACGCCGAAGAGCGCAAGAUCUGAGCGAGGAGCUCGGCAUCCCGCAGAUUGCCCAGCCACCAGCCGACAACACACCACCAACCAACAACCCACGAUCAGCCGACAACCCACCACCAGCGACGCCACGCCGCCGAGCACGACGUCGGAGCGCGCCCUGUGCAGACAGUCCGUCCAGCUCGUCCGACGAGUCGUCGUUGGACACCGACGAGGGGGCCCUCAAUCCUCCCCGCUUGGUACCUGCCCCGGCGGAGUGGACUACACCGAACGGCACGCUGCCGGCAGCCCUGCUUCGCCGGAUACACGGGCGCCUGGCAGUACCGAGGCGACGGACGAUCCGGGUCCUGGAGGAGGAGGGAAACCAGCGCUUCCGAGUUUAG